AUGACAAAGAUCCCUGUCCUUGUGGCCGCCUUGGGCUUCUUGUUGGCGAAUAUCCCACGUGUUAUCUCAUCAAGUAUCCCCCGAUCCAUCGCUCACUCGAGAAUCCUCCCUAGAGCUUGUGAUGUCAAGGCAGAGUACGACUACGUUAUCGUUGGAGGAGGCACCUCCGGCCUGACAGUCGCGGAUCGAUUGACUGAAAGUGGCGAGCAUACUGUGCUGGUCAUUGAGCUUGGUUUGUUCGUGAAUACCGUCACGACGGGCCUCCUAUCCUGGCGCAACCAGUCCCACACCUUCAACUUCUCCUCCGUACCCCAAGAAGGUCUCAACGGCCGCAAGUUUAACGUCAUUGGCGGCGUCAUGCUCGGUGGCUCGACAGGCGUCAACGCCAUGCAGGUCCACCGCGGGCAGAAGGAGGACUACGACAGAUGGGGGUCCUAUUUCAGCAACCAGUCAGAAUGGAGUUGGGAUGGCCUGUUACCUUACUUCAAAAAGGUAACAAUCCGAUCGUCUGAAGUUCUGUUUGCUGUUCUCUCUCUUUCUCAGAUGACUGUGACUGAUGAAGUAAUGUGGCCGCAGGCGUGGAACUUCCAUCCGCCUACCCCCGAGCUGACCGAGCAAUUCGACAUCAAGUACGAUGCGAGCUUCUGGGGCAACUCCUCCGGCAUCCACGCUUCGUUUCCGACCUUUCACUGGCCUAUGCUGAAGACCGAAGUAGAAGCCUUCAAAGAAAUCAAAGGCGUCGACUUCCCCGCCGACUCGGGCGCCGGCGACCCAGGCGUCUUCUGGUACCCAACCUCCUUCGACCCGGCCACCGUGACGCGGUCCAUGGCUCGGCGAGGUCACUGGGACGGCAUCCAGGCCGCGCGGGACAACUACGAGACCAUUACCGGGCACAAGGUGCUCAAGGUCCUCUUUGACGGCGACAGCGAAGCCGAGACCCGGACCGCCACCGGUGUCUCCUACGUCGAGGCGAACUCCACCAUCGCCAAGGGCGCGCGGAUCGUAAAGGCGAGGAAGGAAGUCAUCCUGGCCACGGGAUCGAUUCACACGCCCCAGAUUCUGCAGCGCAGCGGCGUAGGCGGGAGAGCACUUCUCGAGGCUGUGGGUAUCGACGUCGUCGUCGACUUGCCCGGCGUGGGACAGAAUUUCCAGGACCAUCCUGUUGGUGCCGGAGCUACCUUUACAUUCACUAAUUUUGACGUCCACCCGGAUAUGACCGACCUCGUCAACAACCAGACCUUCAUCGACCAAGCCAAAGCAGAGUUCGAAGCCAAUAGGACCGGGCCUCUAACUAUAGGCGCAGGCAAUGUAGCAACCUUCCUCCCCUUCCCAGUAAUAGCCCCCUCCUUCGAAGCCAUCACAUCCGCCUACGAAUCCCAAUCCCCCUCAGCCCACCUCCCUCCCAACACAGACCCAACCGUAAUAGCAGGCUACGCAGCCCAACAAACCCGCUUCGCAGCAGCCCUCCGCUCCCCCGGCGCCGCCUUCUACAACUUCUUCCUCCGCGGCAGCCCCACAGAAAGCAACUUCGUCCUUCUCCACCCCCUCUCGCGCGGCACAAUCUCCCUCAACACCAGCGACCCCUUCUUUUCCGAACCCAUCGUAGACUACCGCGCGCUAAGCAACCCCGCCGAUCUCGCCGUGCAAAUCGAAUUCAUCCGCUUUACGCGGCGGUACUUCCUCCAGUCCGCGACGCUGGCGCGCUACGAGCCCGUGGAGACGGUUCCGGGGACGAAUGUUACGAGUGACGAGGCGCUGGGCGAGGCUGUGAGGCGGAUGAUCAGCCCGACGACGUUUCACCCUGUCGGCACGGCGGCUAUGAUGCCGAGGGCGUUGGGAGGGGUUGUUGAUGAGGGGUUGGAGGUGUAUGGGGUCCGGGGGUUGAGUGUUGUUGAUGCGAGCGUGAUGCCUGAUUUGCCGGGGGCGUAUACGCAGCAGACUGUGUAUGCUGUUGCUGAGAAGGCUGCUGAUUUGAUUAAAGCCCGGGCGUGA